AUGUUGUUCGCUUUCGCAGUACUGCCGUUUCUUCUAACAGACAUCUGCGCCCACGAAUGUCAGUGCGAUUUUGAAGGAGAGAAGACGACUUGCCGAAUCCCUAUGGGGACCACAAUACGCGGUUACCGCAAUGAUCUGGAGUGGGACAGUGGCUUAGAGGAGCUGGCUCGAAAGCAAGGAUCAGAACACGAGCAUAUGUUGACACCGAAAGAUCAUAAAGAGAUGUUUUCCAUUGAAUUCUUCGAAGGAGAGAAUAUUAACCGAACCAUGGAAGAGAAAAUACGUUUGACUCUCAACAAGGAUGACAAUUUUAAAAGCAUGGUAAACAAAUGUGAUCAUUUCACACGGUUCGGAUGCUACUGCGAUUAUGGAGUUGGCAUCGUUAGACACAACAUGAUUAUUAACUGCUUCUUCAAAUAA